CUCGUCUUAUAUUGUCCAACUGUAGAUUUUAUAUGGCCAUUACAAAUUUGUUGCCCUUUCAAUCCUUCCAUCAUUAAAUAACCCAGAUAUAAGUGCAAUCGAAAAUUCAUAUACAUGGUUAUUACUGCAACUGCAAGUAGUAGUAACAAUAGGUCACAGCAAGGUACCCACUCAAUUGCUGAACUUAUCACCGAUUUUCACAAAACUAUCGGUGAUAUACCACCACCACUUAUUGGGGCAACAGCCACCCUGGCUGGGCAACAUAUUUAUGUGUUUGGUGGUCGUCUUCAGUCUACUCGGCAAUUGUCCAAUAAAGUCUAUAUUUUAGACCUGGAGACGAAAGCGUGGAGACAUCUCCAACCGCAGAAUAAACCACCUGCUCCUCGAUAUUUUCAUUCUGCCAACCAAUAUGAGGUCUAUACGACAACAGCUCU